UUAUAUUGUAUACACAUUUACUUUAAAAUUACUGUACACACUACUAAGUUUUAAUGACUUUAAAACUAUAAAAAACCAAUAAUAGAAAUGACAAAUAAAUUACAAACGACACGAUGGGCAUUUGACCUAAGCACUUGGUCACCGACAUUAAAUCAACUAACCCAAGCAGUUGCAGUCAUUCAGCCGGAGGAAAGGACUAGGUUAAUGAAAUUCUAUUUUAUAAAUGAUUUUCUAUCAUCAUUAGUGGGACGUUUGCUUAUGCGUAAAUAUGUCAGUGAAUGUUGCAAUUUGCCCUAUGAAGACAUUAAAUUUGCCAGAGAUUCAAGAGGAAAACCUUAUUUGCUGAGAAAUGAAGUGCUGGAUAAACAACCUACACCUGCUCUCAGUUUUAAUGUAUCCCAUCAAGGCAACUAUGUGAUAUUAGCCGGUGUCAUAAAUAAUACCUUAACAGAUUUUAAUGAUUUUGGCAUAGGCUGUGAUGUUAUGAAACUGGAAUAUUCUGGUGGCAAAGAUUUAAAGGAAUUCUUUCGUAUUAUGCAUAGAAAAUUUGCCGACAGUGAAUGGAGAUUUAUUAGACAACCUCAUUUUAAUCAACAGCAACAGUUGAAGGCAUUUAUGCGUCACUGGUGUCUAAAAGAAUCUUAUGUAAAAGAACUGGGUGUUGGCAUAACAGUGGAUUUACAAAAAAUAGUAUUUACUGUGGACAAUAGCAAAGAUCUCAGCUUGGAAUCUCAACCGCUAUGUGGCACAACACUUAGGUGUAAUGAUUUGCCCAUGACUCAAUGGUAUUUUGAAGAACAUUUGCUAAAUCCGAAAUAUUGUGCUGCUAUUGCAUUUCGCAAUUUUAAACCUGAAACAAGUGAUACAUUCAAAUUAUUGCCAAUAACACAACUAUUGCAAACAUCUGCUGCCCAAGAUGACAAAGAAAUUAUAAAUUAUUGUCGUAGCGUCUUAAGUAAACCUAGAAAAUAAAAAAACUAUUUAUGGCUGGCUCAUUAAGGAGUGUCUAUACUUCUAGAUUUAGUUUAUAGUUUGUUAAAUAUUAAAGUUAGACAUGUAAUAGACCAAUUAAUUGUUGUUUAUUAAAUUUAUUUGUUUAUUUUUUGUUGUAAUAUUUCGUGUACAUUUCUUUUUUUAUAUUUUGUAAAGUUUUAUCAAUGUUUAUGUUAAAUCAAUUUUUAAAAAAGGGGAGAAUUAUUUUUAUUGACCUGUAACUAUAGUAAUGGAAUUGUUAUUUUUUACUGAAAUCAUAAAUUAGGACAAAUAUGUAAAUAAAUUUUGUUAAGCAAAUGUUUUUUACAAAGGGUUGACAUUUAUUUUACUGUAU